CAAUUUUAAAUCUAGAAUAUUGAUCUGAGAUGGAAAUUGUUCAUUUAUAAAAUAUUAAAACACGUAUAAAGGAUUAAUUUCGAACAAUAGGCAUGUUUUAAAUGCCGGUCAUAAUUUAUAAGCCAGUAAAAGUUAUUGUGACGAAUAUAAGAGAUCAGAGAUCAUGCUAUGAGGAAUGGAAGUCAAACUAUGGCUACUGGUUUUGGGAAUAUUUCAAUAUAACUCUAUUACCACUGGAAAAAGAGUGGAGGAUUAUGUUGUAGAUGCUGGGGACUGGAAGUUUAUAACGAGAUUCUGUUUUCUAGCAAGGAAAGGUACCCUCAGAUAUUCAUUUGAAUAUCCAGUAACUCAUCCAACGCACAGUGUACUGUUGUAUUUCGAUGAGGAUGACCAAUGGCCAGCCGUGUACAAAAGUGGAAAGACAUGUGAGCAGAAAGUUGCCACCUUGAAUCCAGCUAAUAACCAAAUCAUUCACAUGUCCGUGCUCUACAGCUGGUCAGGAUGUUCGCAGAUCACUAAGAAUGGACAGGAUGUUAUUUCAUGUGAAGGAGGCAGGGUUUUCAAGUCGACCCGUGAAAGAUGGUGGUUCUUGGCUGUUAGUCGAUGUGACCAAUCUUCUGGGGGGGUAGGAUUAAAUUUUACCUACAAUUUCCAUAUGACAAAUGGUCCAGAGGAUGACUUACUCAGACAUGAAUAUUCAGCAGACGAAUUUUAUAUAUUACCAAUAGAUAUUUCCUUUUUGUUGGCAUAUGUAGUCUUGUUUGUUUUAUCCUGUAUUUGUGCAUAUCUUUUAAAACAGAGACAGUUAUUCCACACAACAUAUAAAAUGUUCAUGUUUGCCUUAUUAUUUUGGUUGAUUGGAUUAAUGUUUGCGUCUAUAUCAUAUGGAAUGUACGGUGACUCAGGGUAUGAACAACCGGAAACUAAAGUAGUAGGACGAAUAUUCAGUACAAUAAGCGAGAUGAUAUUUCUACUGAUGUUAGUAUUAAUGGGCAAAGGUUACACUAUAACCAGAGGUGUACUAUCCACCCAGAGUACCAUUGUUAUAUCAGUAUUCUUCUCAGCAUACACAGUCUGUUACUCGGCAGUGUUCAUUUAUGAAGCUAAGGUGUUUGACCCUGGAGAAGUUCUGUAUACAUACGAAAGUCCCCCUGGUUAUGGAUUGAUAUCCCUCCGUCUCAUAGCAUGGGUGUGGUUUUGCUAUUCUGUAUUUUUCACGCUGAAGAACUACAAAUCAAAAUCAUUAUUUUAUUAUCCGUUCUUUAUAUUUUACACUAUAUGGUUUUGGGCUAGUCCUGCUGUGAUUCUGAUUGCUAUGUUCGAGCUGGAGUUGUGGACUAGAGAGAAAAUCGUUGUUGGUGUUCAACAAUUUGUAGCACUUUUCGGUCACGUGUUCUUUCUGAUUUUGACUCGACCUCAAGCUGCUAAUAAAAAUUUUCCUUACCACGUUAGAACAACACAGAUUGCUAGCUUAACUGGAACCGAAGUCGAUGGAUUUAAUUCAUAUAAUUAUAAUUCCGGAUCUAUUUGUUCAUCCCCAUCUGGUCCAGAUUUAUCUAACUUGUUUUUGACUUCACACUCUCGUAGUUCGGACAAAUUAGUAGCGAUGGGAGGUGACGAUGCGAAUUAUGAGAUGAAGAAUUCCAGAUCAAUGUCAGAAUUUGGGAUACCCCCAUCAUCUCCGAAAUACGAUAAUUUUAGAAGUACUACAACUGGAAUAUCUUCUAUAACGAAGUCGCGACCAUCUUUUAUGGCUUCUGGACUACCACCACUGUCACCGAUAGUAACCACGGGUGAUCAAUUUAUGAACUUUCCUCCAUCAAGUACCCGUCGUAGUUCUGAUCUCAUGGAUUUUCCACCGCCUAGCCCACGUCGUAAUUCGAGUUUGAACUCACCACCGCCAGCCUUCGAAAAAAUGUUUCAUAUUGGAUGAAGCGAUUGGAUUUAUUGCUUACGUCAUUAUGGAAAGCAUGUUGUUACUUAGUUAUUGUGAAAUGAGAUAUGACAAGUGCAUAACAACAAUCAUUUGUUGUAACCGAAUGCAGGCAAUUAUUGCGAACCUUAUUUAUUUAAUUUAUUUGUACUGUUAUUGGUUUUUUUUUAUGUUUAAUACUAUUAGUUUCAGUUUAGUUUAAUGAUAAACAAAUAAUGUCUGAGACAACGAAAUAUUAAUGUUAUUUACCUCCUACUAAAUUUUUAUUGAGCAUAAACUUCGAAUUUUUUAUUCUAUUUUUGUAUUCGACAAUUGUACCAAUUUCAAAGGAAAGUGAAUGUUCCUUACUACUAAUAUUUUGAUUCAAAUGCCAAUGGUUAUCAUUGUAUGAUCAAAGUUUGUUCAUGAAGACCACUUAACUAUUUAUGUUGUCAAACAUAAUGACUGCGAAUAGGGAAUGUCCCAAAAAUGAUUAAGUUCUGUCCUAUCCACUAUACAUUCUUUUUACUGUCAUGUGUAUCUAUCAUCAAUUUGUUGAAUAAAAGAAUCCAUU